AUUUCAGCGUGCUGGAGUUUGCUUCUCCCAAACUAACAACUCCAGCGGAUCUAAAUCAGAGCAAGAGAAAGAGAGAAGAAGAAGAAGAAGAACUAUGAGAUCGUUGAAGAGCGAAGAGGAGGACUCGAACGAAGAGCCCAUUCUGUACGUUAAUGGAAUUCGCAGAGUCUUGCCUGAUGGAUUGGCUCACCUCACUCUUCUCGAGUACCUUAGAGAUAUAGGUCUCACAGGGACAAAGCUUGGUUGUGGUGAGGGUGGUUGUGGAGCUUGUACAGUUAUGGUUUCACAAUAUGACAAAAAACUGAAGAAAUGCCAGCACUACGCUGUUAAUGCAUGCUUGGCUCCACUGUAUUCUCUAGAAGGGAUGCAUGUAAUUACAGUGGAAGGGCUUGGGAACCAUAAACGAGGCCUGCACCCUAUUCAAGAAUCAUUGGCACAAUCUCAUGGAUCACAAUGUGGAUUUUGCACCCCGGGAUUUAUCAUGUCCAUCUAUGCAUUAUUAAGGUCAAGUCAGACCCCACCUAAUGAGGAGCAGAUUGAAGAAUGUCUUGCAGGAAACUUGUGUCGAUGCACUGGUUACAGACCAAUUGUUGAUGCAUUUCGCGUCUUUGCCAAAACCGAUGAUAAACCAUACAUUGACAUAUCUUCUUUAAGCGUUGAAGGAGGUGAAUUUGUUUGCCCUUCAACUGGUAAGCCGUGCUCCUGUGGAUUAAAAAGUGAGAUAUCAAGCCACCAUCAGAAAACAGUUACUUGUGACAAGAGGUAUGCGCCUGUCUCAUAUAGUGAAGUUGAUGGAAGCACAUACACAGACAGAGAAUUUAUUUUUCCUCCCGAGCUCGUAUUGAGGAAAUCAACUUAUUUAAAUUUGAAUGGAUUCAGUGGGUUAAAGUGGUUUAGACCCUUGAGACUUAAGCAAGUACUAGAAUUAAAAGAAAAUUACCCAAAUGCAAAGAUAUUGGUAGGUAAUACUGAGGUAGGAAUUGAAAUGAGGUUGAAAAGAAUUCAAUAUAAGGUUCUGAUUUCUGUUACACAUGUACCUGAACUGAGUAUACUAAAUGUGAAGGAUGAUGGAAUUGAGAUAGGUUCUGCGGUUAGACUUUCUGAACUACUUAAAGUCAUGAGAAUGGUCAUAACAGAACGUGGAAAUCAUGAAACGUCUUCUUGUAAAGCAUUUGUUGAACAAUUAAAAUGGUUUGCUGGGAUGCAAAUAAGAAAUGUCGCCUGUGUGGGUGGAAAUAUAUGUACAGCCAGUCCAAUUUCAGACUUGAACCCUCUCUGGAUGGCUGCCCGGGCCACUUUUCGAAUUAUUGAUUCAAAAGGGAACAUUAGAACGACUCCAGCAGAGAACUUUUUCCUCGGUUACCGUAAAGUGGAUCUGGGUAGUGGUGAAAUCCUACUAUCUGUAUUUUUGCCUUGGACUAGGCCGUUUGAGUAUGUGAAAGAAUAUAAACAAGCUCACAGAAGGGAUGAUGAUAUUGCAAUUGUGAAUGCUGGAAUUCGUGUUCAUCUUGAGGAAAGAGGUGAAAACAUUGUUGUUUCUGAUGCAUCUGUUGUCUAUGGGGGUGUAGCUCCACUCUCUCUUUCAGCAACAAGAACAAAAGAAUUUAUCAUUGGAAAGAGUUGGAACCAGGAGCUAUUGCAGGGGGCUCUAGAAGUCCUCCAGAAAGAUGUGUCACUCAGAGAUGAUGCUCCUGGUGGGAUGGUGGAGUUCCGUAAGUCUCUGACAGCUAGCUUUUUCUUCAAAUUCUUUCUGUGGGUUUCUCAUCAACUGGAUAGGGAAAAAGGCCUUACGGGGAGUGUACCAUUAUCUCAUCUUUCUGCUAUACAACCGUUUCAUAGACCAUCUGUUAUAGGAACUCAAGACUAUGACAUUACGAAACAUGGGACGGCUGUUGGGGCCCCUGAGGUUCAUCUAUCAGCAAGACUUCAGGUUUCAGGAGAGGCAGAAUAUGCUGAUGAUACACAAUUGCCUCCUAAUGGUUUGCAUGCUGCUUUGAUAUUGAGCAAAAAGCCUCAUGCUCGUAUACUUUCAAUCAAUGAUUCAGGAGCAAAGUCAUCGCCUGGGUUCGCAGGCAUAUUUUUUGCCAAGGAUGUUCCAGCUGAUAAUAAAGUUGGACCAAUUGUUGCUGAUGAGGAACUAUUUGCUUCAGAGUUUGUCACUUGUGUAGGUCAGGUUAUAGGAGUGGUAGUUGCAGAUACACAUGAAAAGGCAAAAUUAGCAGCAAUGAAAGUUCACAUUGAGUAUGAAGAGCUGCCAGCUAUCUUAUCAAUACAGGAUGCCAUCAAUGCUAAUAGUUUCCAUCCUGAUACUGAGAGGUGUUUUAGGAAAGGAGAUGUGGAUCUUUGCUUUCAAUCACGUCAAUGUGACAAGAUCAUAGAGGGGGAAGUUCUAGUGGGCGGUCAGGAACACUUCUAUUUGGAGCCACAUAGCAGUGUGAUAUGGACAAUGGAUGGUGGCAAUGAAGUUCAUAUGAUCUCUUCCACUCAAGCGCCUCAGAAGCACCAGAAGUAUGUAUCUCAUGUUCUUGGUCUUCCAAUGUCAAAAGUAAUUUGUAAAACAAAGCGUAUUGGUGGUGGUUUUGGCGGAAAGGAGACAAGAUCAUGUUUCAUUGCUGCUGCAGCUUCUGUUCCUUCAUAUCUCUUAAAUCGACCAGUCAAAAUUACAUUAGACCGUGAUACAGACAUGAUGAUAACUGGACAACGCCAUAGCUUUCUUGGAAAAUACAAGGUGGGCUUUACAAAUGUGGGAAAGGUAUUGGCAUUGGAUCUUCACAUCUACAAUAGUGCUGGAAAUUCACUGGACUUGUCUCUUCCUGUUCUUGAGCGUGCUAUGUUUCAUUCAGAUAAUGUCUAUGAGAUUCCAAAUGUAAGAAUUGUGGGAAGAGUUUGCUUCACUAAUGUACCCAGUAAUACUGCUUUCCGAGGAUUUGGUGGUCCUCAAGGGAUGAUUAUUGCUGAAAACUGGAUUCAAAGAAUUGCCGUAGAACUGAAAAAGAGCCCAGAAGAGAUAAGAGAGAUUAAUUUUCAAGGUGAAGGAUCAAUAUUGCAUUAUGGCCAGCAACUCAAACAUUGUACACUGGCCCCGCUCUGGAACGAACUAAAACUAUCUUGUGAAUUUUCGAAGGCUCGGGCUGAAGUUUGCCAAUUCAAUACUCAAAAUCGGUGGCGUAAGCGUGGUGUAGCCAUGAUACCAACAAAGUUCGGGAUAUCAUUUACAUUAAAGCUCAUGAACCAGGCAGGUGCUCUUGUUCAUGUCUACACAGAUGGAACUGUUCUAGUCACACAUGGAGGUGUUGAGAUGGGGCAAGGUUUGCAUACAAAAGUUGCUCAGGUGGCCGCUUCUGCCUUCAAUAUUCCUCUCAGUUCUGUCUUCAUAUCAGAGACAAGUACCGACAAGGUACCUAAUGCUUCCCCAACGGCAGCUUCUGCUAGUUCUGACAUGUAUGGAGCUGCAGUCUUGGAUGCAUGUGAGCAAAUCAAGGCACGUAUGGAACCGAUUGCUUCACAGCACAAUUUUAGCUCUUUUGCUGAGCUGGCAAGUGAAUGCUAUGUGGCCCGUAUAGAUCUUUCUGCCCAUGGUUUUUACAUUGUACCUGAAAUCGACUUUGAUUGGACUACUGGUAAAGGCAACCCAUUCAGGUACUAUACCUAUGGGGCUGCCUUUGCUGAGGUUGAAAUUGACACUUUGACUGGAGAUUUCCACACUAGGGUGGCAAACAUUUUCUUGGAUCUAGGAUACUCGCUCAACCCAGCAAUUGAUGUCGGGCAGAUCGAAGGAGCGUUUAUACAAGGUUUGGGAUGGGUUGCUUUAGAAGAACUAAAAUGGGGAGAUCCUGCUCAUAAGUGGAUUGCACCAGGUUCCCUCUACACUUGUGGGCCUGGAAGCUACAAAAUUCCUUCCAUAAAUGACGUUCCCUUCAGAUUCAAUGUUUCACUACUGAAGGGACAUCCAAAUGUAAAGGCCAUCCACUCAUCCAAAGCUGUUGGUGAGCCCCCAUUUUUCUUGGCAUCAGCUGUCUUUUUUGCCAUCAAGGAUGCCAUUAUAGCCGCGAGAGCUGAAGUAGGGUGUAAUGAGUGGUUUCCACUCGAUAAUCCAGCUACACCAGAACGUAUACGGAUGGCUUGUUUGGAUGAAUUUACUGCAGCAUUUGCUCGCUCAGACUUCCGCCCAAAGCUUAGUGUUUGAUUUUAAGUUGGUGCUUAUCACUACUUAGUGCUAUACCAACAAUACGACUCGUUAUACCCACAAUGUAGUUGCCCUAGACCCAUAGUCAUGCUUCAGGUAACAUACCGCACCUUCUGUAACAUUUGAAAGAAUACUACACAGGCAUACACAGUUGUAAGGAGACUUCAUUCCAGGAAACUGAUUCUGUACUUGUAAGCCAUCACUUUCUCGCAAUAUCAGUUAUUUCGUUAUUUUUAUCCCACUUUUCAUUAUUAUCUUCAUC